AUGUUUAGAAACAAUUACGAUGGUGAUACAGUGACUUUUUCUCCUACCGGUCGUUUAUUUCAAGUUGAAUAUGCGUUGGAAGCUAUUAAGCAAGGUAGUGUAACAGUUGGACUAAGGUCAUCUAAACAUGCAGUCCUAGUCGCAUUGAAGAGAAAUGCUGAUGAAUUAUCAUCAUAUCAGAAAAAGAUUAUUAAAUGUGAUGAACAUUUAGGCCUUUCCCUAGCUGGUCUAGCACCUGAUGCUCGAGUAUUAAGUACCUAUUUAAGACAGCAAUGUAAUUACUCUAAAUUAGUUUUUAACAGAAAAUUAUCAGUAGAAAAAGCAGGGCAUCUAUUGUCUGAUAAAGCUCAAAAGAAUACACAAUCCUACGGUGGCAGACCAUAUGGUGUGGGAUUGUUGGUUGUAGGUUAUGAUAACAGCGGUCCUCAUUUAUUGGAAUUCCAACCUUCCGGUAAUAUAUUAGAGUUAUAUGGAUCUGCAAUUGGUGCUAGAUCACAAGGUUCUAAGACAUAUUUAGAAAGGGUAUUGAAAGAUUUCACUGAAAUUGAAGAUGUUAAUGAAUUGAUUAAAGUUGGGGUGGAGGCUAUUAGGCAAUCUUUAAAAGAUGAAACUCUAACUGUAGAUAAUCUUUCCAUUGCAGCUGUUGGUAAAGAUUUACCAUUCACAGUAUAUGACGGCGAAUUAGUUAGACCAUUUUUAUAA